AAUACGAACUUCGAAUUGCAGACACUUGUGUCUUCUUGGUUUUCAGAAAAUGUUUGCUGUAUAGGACAAUGGCGAGAACUCGUUCCCUCUUGUCGUUAACUUUGUUGCUCGCCCUGAGCUGUUGUAUGUAUAUGCCGAACUCAUUAAUAGGCACAGUAGCCGCUCAAACCAACAUCAGCACAGACCAGGCUGCUCUUCUUGCUCUCAAAGCCCAUAUCACUAGUGACCCUCAAAACAUAUUGACCACCAACUGGUCUACCUCGAAUUCGAAUAUCUGCAACUGGGUUGGCGUUACUUGCGGUGUAGGCCACCUUAGAGUCACAGCCUUGAAUCUCUCUUACAUGGGUCUCACAGGCUCUAUUCCUCCACAACUAGGAAACCUAUCAUUUCUUGUUCAGUUGGAAUUCAGAAACAACAGUUUCCAUGGUACCCUGCCAUCGGAAUUGUCUCGUCUACGGAGGUUGAAGUUGAUUAGGUUCAGCUUUAACAACUUUAUAGGAACCAUUCCGUCAUGGUUCGGGUCCUUAUCUGAACUUCAAACCUUCGAUUUGUAUGGUAAUCAAUUUUCAGGUUUCAUACCGAAUGCUAUCUUCAACUUAUCUGCACUGCAAGUACUUGAUCUAAGAAACAACGAGCUAUCCGGGAGCAUACCAAGAGAAGUGGAGAAACUAAAAAUGCUGGAGGAGAUAUUACUUGGACACAACAAUUUCACAGGUAGCAUACCAAGAGAAAUCGGGAACUUAACCAUGCUCAAGGUCAUAUACCUUGAUUAUAACAUGUUCGAAGAAAUUCCAAACUUGAUUGGUAGUAAAGAUCUGGUGGAGAAGUUGUACGUGCAGGUUAAUGACCUAAAAGGGCCUGUUCCUUUGGAGGUCUUCAACAUGUCUUCUUUGAAAAUUUUGGCUCUAACAAUAAACCACUUGACUGGUAGUAUUCCGGACGAUUUCUGUCAGCAUCUUCCUAGUAUUCAGAUCUUGAGUUUGGCUCGCAACAAACUUGAUGGUCCACUUCCAUCAAAAUUUUGGCAAUGCAAAGAGCUUCUUCAGUUCUCAUUAGACUAUAACAACUUCGGUGGAAGCAUACCAAAAAGUAUCGGGAACUCUACCCAGUUAGCAGAGAUUACCAUUAGCUACAACAACUUGACAGGAACGCUUUCAAAUGGGAUGGAGGUUGCAGUAAAAGUUCUCAAUCUACAACUGGAAGAGGCUUUCAAGACUUUUGAUAGUGAAUGUGAAAUGCUGAGUAAUAUUCGUCAUCGGAAUCUCAUCAAAAUCAUCAAUAGUUGUAACGAAGUUGGUUUCAAAGCCUUGGUACUGAACUACAUGUCUAAUGGGAGCCUUGAGAGGUGGCUGUAUUCUGAAAAGUUUUGUUCUUUGAGUAUCCUAGAAAGGUUGAAUAUAAUGAUAGAUGUUGCAUUGGCACUGGAAUACCUUCACCAUGGCUAUCCAAUACCUAUUGUCCAUUGUGAUUUGAAGCCGGGUAACAUACUCCUAGAUGAGAAUAUGGUUGCACAUGUCGCUGAUUUUGGAAUCGCAAAACUUUUGGGAGGAGGAGAUUCUAUGACUCAGACAUUGACCCUAGCCACAAUUGGGUAUAUGGCUCCAGAGUAUGGGAGAGAAGGAAUUGUUUCGACGAAAGGGGAUGUGUACAGUUUCGGUAUUGUGCUCAUGGAAAUAUUCACAAAAAGAAAGCCAAUAGAUGAGAUGUUUGUUGAGGAAAUGAAUAUGAAGCAAUGGAUUGCAAAUUUGUUAAUCCAAGAUGCAAUAGUUGACGUUGUGGAUGCCAAUUUACUCGAGAAGGAGGCAAAUCAUGAUUUUGUGCGGAUGGGGGAUUUUUUAUCUUCCGUUAUGGGAUUAGCUCUAGCUUGUUGUAGAGAAUCACCUCACGAGAGGAUAACUAUGCGUGAUGCUGCAGCCAUCCUCAGUAAAAUGAAGACCAAGCUUUUGAAGGAUAGUGUAGGAGACAGUGUGUAGUGUUAGGAUCUUUCUUUCUCCCAAAUAUUGUGAAAGUGUACUUAAUUAAUCAACAUUCCUCAAGUCAUCGUUGUUUACUUUUCCUUAGAGAUUUCUUCUAAUUUCUUCGUACCAUGCUCUAGUAAGUCACACUAUAAGAACAAGAAGCAACAAUUAGUUAUUACUAUUAUCAAUUGUUUGACUUGUCUAAUUCUUCAUAUGUUUCGGAUCAAGUUUUUAUCUGUU